AUGGCCUCCCUCGCGCCCGUCCGCGCGCCCACCGCCGCGCCCAAGCGCCAACAAGCCGCGAAACCCUCGCCGGGACGACGAUGCGGCGUGCAGACUCGCGGUCACAGCCUCGGGUCGCUCCCCCCGGAGCUCGGGGUCACGGCCGAGAAACUCGGACGUGACGUGUUUAACACGACGUAUUACCCCAAGGGUGAGGACGCGGACGCGUCUCGUAAACCGUGGGUGGUGAUCGACGCCGCCGGGUUGCGACUCGGACGCCUGAGCACGGUGGCGGCGACGUACCUGCGAGGCGGGAACUCUGGGUGCUACACCCCGGCGUUUAACAUGGGCGUGAACGUGGUCGUGAUUAAUGCCGAUAAGAUUGUCGUGACUGGGAACAAGGCGAACCAAAAGUUGUACUACACGCUCGGCGUCAGAGGUAAGCCGGGGUCGAUGAAGGAGGAGACGUACGCGAGCCUGCACGCGCGUCAACCGGCGCGAGUGAUUGAAAAGGCGAUUAAGGGUAUGUUGCCGAAGAACCGCAUGGGACGGGAGACGUUUACGCAUUUGAAGGUGUACGCGGGCGCGGAUCACCCGCACGCGGCGCAAAACCCGACGGAUGUGACGGCGGACGUGAAGGCGGCUACGCACAAGGCGCACAUGCUCGAGGAAGCGUAA